AAAUUUAAUAAAAACAUAUAGAGAAAUGUUAGAAGAAUGUGCUUCAGUACAUAUAUCCACUGAUGAUUUGUUACCUAAAAAAAUUUGCUUGGAGUGCAUAAAAUAUUUAGAACAGUCGUAUAAAUUUAAGAUCCAAUAUUUAUCAACUGAAAAAUUAUUAGAACAAAUUAUUACAAACGCACAACCAAAUAUAAAAGUAGAAGUUUCAAUUGAUGAAGAUGAUGAUUUUAAAAAUGAAGAUAAUUCUUUUAAUUACUAUUCACAUUUCAUUUUUAAUCAAGAGAAAUCAAAUGAAAUACCUCUAAAUGAAACUACAACCACAAAAGAAUUCAUUACUGUCAAAGAAGAAUCAAAAGAUACAAAUAAAGAAGUAAAAGAUACAAAAAAAGAAGAAAAAGAUACAAAAAGAGAAUUAAAAAAUAUAAAUAAAGAGUUCAAAGAUAAUGUUUUAAAAGAUUGCAGUGCGAUACAAAAAUAUAAAUGUGAAGAAUGUGAAACAGGCUUUGAAUUGAAAGCAGAUUUUUAUAAACAUCAAAAACUUGUACAUUCAAAAAUUUUAAAAUGUUUGCAUUGUGAUAAAACUUUUGAAUUUACAUAUUAUUUGAUAAAACAUUCACCAGAAGUGGUUCAAUGUAAAAUAUGUAAACAAGAUUUUGGAUGUAAUAAUAAUUUAAGGGCACACGCUCGUGAACAUACAACGUGUAAAAUAUGUGGAAAGAAUUUUAAAAGUAUACGCUCAUGUAAUCGACAUAUAGCGACACAUGGGGAUAAGCGUUAUCUAUGUACGUAUUGUGGAAAAGCGUUUGCAGAUAGUACGAAUUACAUUGUUCAUGUUCGAAGACAUACGGGAGAAAAGCCAUAUCAAUGUACUCAAUGUGAUAAAAAAUUUUGUGAUAGCAAUGGAUUACAAAUACAUUCUGUAGCGCAUUCAGACGAAAGAAAAUAUGAAUGUGAUACAUGUAAAAAAACAUUUAAAACGAAAGAUGCCGUAGCUAAACAUAAACGUUCUCAUGUGGAGGAGAAGAAUUAUUCUUGUGAUAUUUGUAAUAAAAGUUUUAAAAGAAAGGAUUGUUUACGAGAGCAUGAAAAAGUUCAUACUGGAGAACGUAAUUAUGUUUGCUCAUACUGUAAUAAAGCAUUCAUGAAAUCGGAUAAUUUAAAAAUGCACUUACGAGUUCAUACAGGAGAAAAACCAUACAGUUGUGGAAAAUGUGGGAAGAGUUAUAGUCAAAAUCAUGCACUUAAGAGUCAUAUGAAAACACAUUUAGAAAAUUGUCUGAAUAAUUUCAUUCCACAAUGACCAAACAUGUUACAAAUGUUUUAAUUUAGACAAGAAUCUUCAUUAGUUUCAUUUUCAUAAAAAUUUUUGUUUUAUGUUAAACACGAAAUACUGUUUGGAGUACAUUCAUUCAUACACUUUGUUGUCGGAGUAGAAAUCUUAAUAAUGUACGGAAAUGAAAAGUACGAUGAAAAAACUAACACUAUUUCACUUACAUUAACGAAUUUCUCGUCUAUUUUGCCAUUUCACCAGAAUAGUUUUUGCCGAAUAAAUUCAAGUGAGUAAUCAAAUCUUACUCUUCACCAAAUUUGACUUGAUAAUUAUUAGUCCAUUGAAAUGUUACAUUUUUUUGUGUUUAUCGUGUAAAAGCCAGAAGGCGCAAUUUUAUUGUUUGGUUGCCAAGAAGAGUGUAAAGUUAAAUCCAUGUUUGUGGGGAUGUAACUCUUAUCCCGCGGCCGCCAUUUUUUAAAAAAGGGUGUGAACGGUUUUUACGUUAUAUCAGAAAAACGAUUCGCCGCACAAAAAAUUUGAAAAAACAAAUGUAAACAAACAAUUGACUCAGUUAAUUGUUGAAAUAUCAUGUACAGACAGUGU